UCACUAACCACUCUCCUCCUGUGAGACAGUGGUAAUUGAUAUCAGAUACACAUGGAAAACUGGGCACGGAGGAUCAUUUAUGGAUGUGGACAUUUGGAGCUGAGUUAUAAUAUCUCAACUGAGGAAGAAGACUGUGGGGACAUAAAAAAAAUCACACCUUGAUAUACAUCAAGCUUUUGUGCAGCAGGUUGAAAUGGAUCCUCUUCUGGAACAAGUUUUGGCCGGCAUUAAUGCAACCCUCGGAGCUACGAAUAGAACAGACCCCCUGGAUACAUUUUCAGGAACCCAGCUGCUUUUGCGCUUCAAACCUCUGUUUAUUCCACUCUACACCUUGGUCGUUGUUGUUGCUGGUGUCGGAAACAGUUUCCUUCUUGCCUGCAUUCUGGCAGACAAGAAGCUCCACAAUGCCACCAAUUUCUUCAUCGGCAACCUGGCAGCUGGGGAUUUGCUGAUGUGCCUUAGCUGUGUGCCGUUGACAGCAUCGUAUGCUUUUGAUGCACAUGGCUGGGCAUUCGGCCGUCCAAUGUGCCACCUUAUUCCUCUGUUGCAAGGUGCAACGGUCUUCGCCUCUGUAUUAUCCCUCACUGCCAUUGCCAUGGACCGUUACGUGGUGGUGGCAUAUCCAGUGCGGAGGCGUAUCUCGGUGUGGGGCUGUGGUGCAGUGACAUUGGGUGUCUGGGCAGUUUCAUUGGCCCUGGCCGCUCCUCCUUCCCUCCACACGCGCUACGUGGACCUGCGACCCAGUGGCAUGGAGCUUGUAGUAUGCGAGGAAUUCUGGCUGGAAGCCGAACGACAGCGCUUGCUCUACUCCUGCUUCUUCUUGCUGGCAUCCUACAUGAUCCCCCUGCUGUCUGUAAGCAUCUCCUACUGUGCCAUCAGCAUGCACCUCCGCAAACACACGUUGCCUGGAGAGUCGUCCCAUAGCCAGCAGCAAUGGAGCAAGCAGCGGCACAAGACUUUCUCCCUUCUGGUGGCCUCCGUCCUUGCCUUUGCCCUCUGUUGGCUCCCGCUGCAAGUCCUCAAUCUCCUUCUGGAUCUAGACUCGGACUUCCAGAUAUUGGACAAGCGCUACGUCAACGUGCUGCAGGUCAGUUGCCACCUGAUAGCCAUGAGUUCAGCCUGCUACAACCCCUUCAUCUAUGCCUCACUGCACAGCAAGGUCCGCAUGCACCUGCAGGGUUACCUGUGCCCUUGCAAACGUAGUGGACAGGAGCUACUAUCUCGCUGUGCUUCCCGCAACCCUGCCACCUGCUUGACACUCAUUUCUGAGGUAGCUGUGAAGGAAAGCCAAUCAGCCGAGAGCCCCAUCCCCGACAGCUGCCUCUGAAGAUCCGUGGCACAUCGACACAGACUAAUCAGAAGGAGCACUAAGACAUUAAGAGGGUUUCGCAGCACUGGAGUGGUAUUACAGCCAAUAUUCAAUGGUAUUAUAUGAGAACGAAGGGUUUUUUUGUUGGUAGGCUUUUCUUUCAUGAGGACUAAAGAGAAUACUCUGUCUCUGUCUGAUGUUUCUGUGGACAUUAGUGAUUCAGCCUCAAGAUUCCCUCAUGUAUCCCUUGGACCUUGAAUGAAAACCCCUGAUACUAAACACAAAUUUACAGAGCGGCUUUUACUGAAGGCAUAGAAGAAUCUUUUUGGUAAUACCCUGUCCUUGAACUUACUAUGGCUAAGGGAAGUACCAGCAAACCACAGCUAGAUGUUGACAGCUCUUUAUCAAUUCCUUCUUUCUCUUUCUCCAGCUAUUAGGAAGCAGCUAGGGAAAUAUCAUGGGUUUUGGCUGAGUUACCUCUUUCCCAUCACCUCUGACCCUGCUGUAUCUUCAUUUAGAGGAUAAGCGGUUAACGCUGUUGCUUUAGCUCUCACCUAUACCAGAAAACAAUGAUGCAGAAUGUCUUAUAAACCCUAUCAGUCUCACAAUCCUCUAAGGAUCAGUGCUCAUCUGAUAUAGGUCACUGCUCUGAAACUUGGCCUCAGAGCCAGAC